CAUCUUGUGAAGAGGUGCACUGUGGUCACAAACAGAAGUGCUUUAUCAAAGAUGGUGAACCAUUCUGUUCUCCUUCGAAAACCAAAAUAUGCUCUGCAGUAUGACUGGAAGCACCAUCUUCAGGUUGGAGUCGGCCCUGAGCUGUAUGGAGCUGUGUGCAGCCUGUGUGGAAAUGCCACAUGUCAUAGCUCCACCGAUGCCUCUAAUAGCACUGAGACCCAGACUGUGAAUCCUCAUCUUCCUUGGGUGGUGAACAGUGGUGCAGGGUCCUGUAAUGAGGAUUGCCGUGGUGGUGUCUCAUGUCCAGUUUGUACUCGAAGCCAAACCAAACGUAUUCCUGGCACUAAAGGCAACUCUUUUGAUAGUUGUUGCCCUCUGCUACAGAAAGGUGCUGGGCCUUUCGCAGUUUGUCAAUCAUAUAUUGACCCUGAGCCAUUUCUUACUAGUUAUGUAAACAGCCUGUGUGUCAGUGAGGCGGCAUCUUCUAUGUGCAAGGUCUUGGCGGUCUAUGCCAACAUCUGCCAGAGGCUUGGGGCCACAGUCCGAAACUGGAGAACCAUCGGAAAGUGCCCCAUGGCAUGUCCUAUGAACAGCCACUAUGAGCUCUGUGGUUCUUCCUGCCCUGCCACCUGCGGUAACCCAGAGGCCCAUCGUAAUUGCACUCUGCCUUGUGUGGAGUCAAGCCAGUGCAACGGGAUAUUUACUAAGUGGUGGGGAGUGUGUCCCACACCGCAAGUGUGGCUGUCUUCACCAAGGUUCCUACUAUCUCCCCAAGGAGAACUUCUGGGUGGAUGAGCAGUGUCAGGAGACGUGUGUCUGCCAGCCCAACUCCAAGAAGAUUACGUGUGCUCAGUCUCAUUGCAGGAAUGGGGAAGCGUGCAAGGUUCUGAGUGUUGGAGUGUUGGACUGUCACAUGGACGAGCCUGGGGUGUGCAUAGCCAAAGGAGACCCUCACUACACCACCUUUGAUGGUCACAAGUUUGACGUCUAUGGAAACUGCAGUUACCUGCUCACUUCUCACUGUCCCAGUUGGGGAGACUUUAAAGACUUCCACAUGGAGGUGCAGAACCAGAUGAUGGAUGCUACCAAUGUUUCCUUUCGACGUGUUAAAAUGGUCAUCUCUGGUUAUUCUAUUGAGGUGUCAAAUGACUAGAGUAACCGA